UCGCGGCGAGACAACUCCACUUCUCCAGCCUGUUCCUGUUGUAGGCUCUCAUAUAGCCACUUUCUAUUCUAUAUCAUCUAUCCGUUAGCGAUCUACACCCCCCCAACCCCACGGCGUCAUGUCGAAUGAAAUGGACGUCGACGUCCCCGCCGCAGACGCUCCGUCAGGCAACGGUGGCUUUGAACCUCGCACGGAGAGCGGCGCCGUUGCAGUCCGCAGUAUCGAAGGAUGGAUUGUGAUCGUGACCAACAUCCACGAAGAGGCAUCUGAGGAAGACGUGACCGAUCUGUUUGCAGAGCAUGGAGAGAUCAAGAACUUCAAUCUGAACCUUGAUCGUCGGACGGGUUAUGUCAAGGGCUACGCUCUGAUUGAAUAUUCCACCCUUCCUGAAGCUACGGCGGCCAUCAAGGCGCUCGACGGAACCAAGCUACUCGACCAGACGAUCCAUGUCGACUACGCGUUUGUCCGUCCCCCGCCAUCGAACAAGGGAAAAGCCGGUGGUGCAGCCAAGGGUGGUCGUAGUGGGGGAAGAGCGCGCAGCCGGAGCCGUGAUCGAAGCCGCAGUCCGGGAGCUGAUAAUGGGAGAGACUGAGCGGGCAGUCGAGUUCUUCCUCCCUCAUUAAUCGGAAGAAAUCACUACGCUGUUCCUCCUGUACCGGAGGAAAGCACGAUCGAGGUCCUCUCACCUCGAAGUUGAAUGUCGGCAUUGUCCUACGAUAUGGAGAUGACAGGGCAUAGAUCCAAAGCAAGGAAAUGGACAAUGUCGACGCCGUAAUCUCCCUGUCAAAUGGAAGUUUGAACCCGUUUAAUACUAUUAUUCUACAUGAACCAGAUAUCUUAUGACUUGUCAUGCUUCUUGAUUAGUUCAGGGAAUGCUAUGAUUUUUUUACUGAUAAA